AUGGCGACUGCCGAUGGAAUUCAAGCAUUUGUUGAUGACCCUAUACCUAAAGCAAUGAGUGAGGUCGAAGAGCAACAAUCAGAUGCUAUUCGACAAUAUUUGUCAAAGAAAACUGCGUGGAUUAGUCCGAAUGAGGAACAAUUUGACUCAUUAGCGUCGUUUGUGAAAAAACGACUUGAUGAAGGCCAUGGCGAAACUAUCCUAGAAAUAGGCACUGGAGUUAUUGAUGCUGAAACACCUGGUUUACUUGCUGAUGAAAUGGAAGCAUCUAUUGCUACACUUAAAAGUAUGCAAGCUGUACUCGAUUCUGAGGUUCAACUACUACGUCAGAAAUCUCUUGCGAAUAAUACACGAUUUGUCAAUGAAUUUCUUAUACGAAGGCAUAUCGACCAAGAAGAUUUCAUGGAAGUGAGGGUUGCUGUCACCGGUAAUGUCGACGCUGGUAAAUCGACACUACUUGGUGUGCUAACGCAUGGAGUGCUUGAUGAUGGGCGUGGUGUUGCACGACAGAAACUUUUUCGACAUAAACACGAAGUGGAAACUGGUCGAACUUCAUCUGUGGGAAAUGAUAUUUUGGGUUUUGAUGCACAAGGAGAGAUUGUAAACAGACCAGAUACUCACGGAAAUCAAGCGCUUGAUUGGACUGAUAUAUGUCAGAGAGCGACGAAGGUUGUUACAUUUAUCGAUUUAGCUGGACAUGAAAAAUACCUCAAAACAACUGUCUUUGGCAUGACAGGUCAUGCUCCUGAUUAUGCAAUGUUAAUGGUUGGCGCUAAUGCAGGUGUGAUUGGUAUGACAAAAGAACAUCUGGGAUUGGCUCUUGCACUUGGUGUACCGGUUUUUGUUGUUGUUACUAAAAUUGAUAUGGCGCCUCCUAAUGUUCUCCAAGAAACAAUGAAAAUUCUCCAACGAAUUCUUCGUUCUCCUGGUGUUAGAAAAAUUCCCCUACUAGUACAAAACAAUGACGAUGUGAUUACAUGUGCAACAAACUUUACCAGUGAACGAUUAUGUCCAAUCUUUCAAGUGUCAAAUGUGACUGGUGAAAAUCUCGAUCUAUUGAAAAAAUUUCUCAACUUACUUACAACACGCAUGGAUGCAUGUCUCGACGAACCAGCUGAAUUUCAAAUCGAUGAUCUCUAUGCAGUGCCCGGUGUUGGUACAGUCGUCAGUGGAACAACAUUGAAAGGUGUUAUCAAACUUGGUGACAAUUUACAACUAGGACCUGAUCCACUGGGACAAUUUAAGAGCGUACAAAUUCGAAGUAUCCAUCGUAAACGAAUGUCUGUAAGAGAAUGUAAGGGUGGACAAACAUCGUCGUUUGCACUAAGAAAAAUAAAAAAAUCUGAACUCCGUAAAGGUAUGGUUCUACUGUCUCCUGCUAUUCCACCUGUUGCUUAUUGGGAAUUUGAAGCUGAUCUAUUGAUUUUACACCAUCCAACAACUAUCAGCGCUAAAUAUCAAGCGAUGGUACAUUGUGGUAGCAUUCGCCAAACAGCAACAAUUAUAUCCAUGUCUGUUGAACAUUUACGAACCGGUGAUCGUGCCAACGUUCGUUUCCGUUUUAUAAAAUCGCCGGAAUAUCUUCGUUUGGGAAUGAAGCUCGUCUUUCGUGAAGGUCGUACAAAAGCGAUAGGUAGUGUCUCGAGACUCUAUCCACACGUACCUGCUCAAACAUCGAAUACACGAGCAAAAACAAGGUCGCAGACAGCAUCGGCUGCUUCGUCCAAUCCGGUAACUACAGAUCAAUCACAAUCGAGCAAACGUGUCGAAGGUAGUGACGAAGCUAAUCAAUCAGGAAACAAACGAACAAAACCAGCUAAAAUCAUGACAGACGUUCCCGAAGAACAAACUGUGAAUAAACCUAGUUCUUGA